GGCGUUGAAGGAAGAGAAAUAUGCUGCUCGUAGGACAAUACUUCCCAUUCUUCAAGCAGAAGAAGAUGAAAGGUUUGUGUCUGAGUGGAAAAAGUAUUUGGAAUACGAAGCUGAUGUAAUGAAGGAUGUUCCGGGAUGGAAAGUUGGUGAGAAUGUGUACAAUUCUGGUCGUUGGAUGCCACCGGCUACUGGGGAACUCCGUCCUGAU